AUGGCGGCCAACUACUGGGAUUCGACGCAGCGGACAUAUUGGACUUUCACCAAAGACCAGCUUGAUGAUAUGCGAACUCAGCAGCAGCAAGACAACCAGGAACUACACAGCAGAUUUCCUCUACCUGAGCCACGUCUGAUGAACAUCUAUAUACAGCAGCGUGAGUUCGAUGACAUACCGAAACAUAGACUCCCCUGA